AUGUCACAGCGUGACAGGGAAUCCUUCAUUCACUUAUUCGCCGGAGGUAUCGCUGGUACUGCUGGCGCCGUAGUGACAUGUCCGUUAGAGGUGGUGAAAACACGUCUGCAAAGUUCGUCGUCGUCGUUUAUCCAUGCGGCCGCCUCCACUAGACAUGUGCUGGUUACCGAUGGAGGGAAAUUGACCGAUCAUCACCAUCACGUACGCCACGUGUCCGCCAUUAAUAACGCAUCGUCAGCAUCCGAUCGGCAUCAUAGUGCAGCCCGCCAUCAUCAGUCACGAGUAUGCGCUAGCACGAUCCUGACCCGACGUCGUCCUUCGAUACUGGCCAUUCCGCAAUGUGGUUUGUCUACCUCGGUACAAUCGAUUAGCAUCUGGCAAUGUCUGAAGCAUAUCGUCCAAACCGAAGGAUCACGAGCCCUGUUCAAGGGUCUCGGACCCAACAUCGUCGGGGUGGCUCCUUCUCGGGCUAUCUACUUCUGCGCAUAUUCUAAGACAAAGAAUACGCUAAAUACUGUUGGAAUUAUUCCAGCCAAUUCUCCUUUGGUGCACAUUCUGAGCGCAUCUUGCGCUGGGUUCGUUUCGUCCACGGCUACCAACCCGAUAUGGUUCAUCAAGACACGAAUGCAGCUGGACAGCAAUGCCAACGGUCGGAUGACGGUGGGUGAGUGCGUACGGCGCAUUUACGAAUCGCAGGGUGUCCGUGGGUUCUACAAGGGCAUCACGGCCAGCUACGUCGGCAUCUCGGAGACGGUGAUCCACUUCGUCAUCUACGAGGCUCUGAAAAAGAAACUGCUCGAGCUGCGUCAGUCAUCUCCGGCUGCUAAAGCCCUUGCGGGCGGCGACUCUUCUGCUGGACGCGAGGGUGGUAAAACGUCACGCGACUUCCUGGAAUUUAUGGCGGCCGGUGCUACGUCCAAGACGAUUGCAUCGGUGGUGGCAUACCCACACGAAGUCGCCCGCACUCGGCUCCGGGAGGAGGGCAACAAGUACCGUAACUUUUGGCAGACGCUGCUGACCGUGUGGAAGGAGGAAGGCAAAGCCGGCCUCUACCGUGGUCUUGGUACACAGCUGGUACGACAGAUCCCCAACACAGCGAUCAUGAUGGCCACGUACGAGGCUGUCGUGUACGUGUUGACAAACCCGGCCAGUGCCAGUCUGCUGCCAACCGGCGCGGGCAACUGA